AUGGCUUUGGUGGCGCCCAGUGCGCCACAGGCUGCACUAAAUGCUUUCGGAGCUUUCCGCCCUGGCUGGCUGCCCCGAGAGACGCAGCAGGGGCCCGCAGCAACCGUCCCAAGGAGCUGUGUGCCUGCAGCAGUACUGGGUGCUGCCGCCGCGUUCCAGCGACGACGCUCAAGUGGCGUCGCGCGGAACGCAGUCCUACUCGACUCCAGGGUCGAUGCGGCGUGCUUCGAUGGAAGUUCAACAGCUGCCGCAGAUCCCAGAGAACUUCCACAAAAAGCGGAUGCUGAUGCGCCCCCGCGCGGCUCCCGAAGCCUGGAUGAGCUGCCGUACCUCAUUGGCAACCCCUUCGUGCGGCGUCUCGCCGUGUCGUCGAGGGUGACAGGGGAGUUCGCUGCUGCCCCUGCGCGCGUUUGGGCCAUGCUUACUGGUGCUGAAGGAGACUUGUCGCAGGCGUGGGUGUCAUUGCAACUCACAGAAUGCUAUGGCAUCCCAUGGCCGCUGCAACUACUGGACGUAACAGGUGGCCCCUUGCAGUCCGACGGAGAGAUCUGCGGCGUGGUUGGAGCAUUCGGCCAGGAAGUGCGCCGCUUCCAGUGGAAGGUCCUCAAAGCCGACUUCACCGAAGCUACAGGCCAGCUUGAGAUGCUGGGUAGCGUGGACGGCGAAGACAACUCGUUCUUACACACGGUCCGUGUUUCGGCUGCUGCUGCCGGCAGCGGGGCACUUGUUGUGUCAGAGAUUCGAUAUGCACCAUCGCCUCCGCUUCAGACUCUGCUGAAUGCGUUGGGAGGGAGAGGCUCACAAACUGCUUCCCACACGUCUGUGCUGCGGAGGCUCGCCGUCUUGGUGGACGGAGACGUUGACUUCGACUCCACUGCUUUCUACAACCUUAUUGGUCGCCUUAUCGAUCUUGUUGCGCCCUUCGAAGAUGGCGCCAGGGCAGCCGUCGCGCGAAUGGCCGGCCUGGAGAAGGGUGAGGCCAGCAUCCUGGAGCUGGGAUGCGGCUCAGGCCGAUGGGCGCAAGGUAUCUACGACAGCUCGUCAGGUGUACUGCGCUACUUGGGCGUGGACUCCUCCAGCACAAUGGCAGAAGAAGCAGCACGAGCAAUGUCCAAGAUCCCGGCUGCCAGCAUCGUCCAAGCCGAUGCUCGGCGUCCGGGCACUUUGAAGGAGGCUUGUGAAACGAUGCUCGGCGGCGUGCCCGAUCGAAUCGUGGCAUCAUAUGUCUUUGAUAUCUUCGACGAUAAGGACUUAGAGAGAGUUCUGGCGCAGUGCUCUGACCUGCUCCAGGAAUCUGGAGGACUGUUGGCCGCAACCAGCAUCUUCCCCGGGAGCAAGUUCAUGGAGGUGUGGGAGACCGUGUGGCUAAACCAGCCAUCAGUGGUUGGGGGCUGCAGGCCGAAGGACCUCGCCGCCAAGCUUAGAAGCUUUGGCUGGGACAUUCUGGACACGGAGGUGACUGACGUUCUCGGCUAUCGUUCGCAAGUGGUUCUCGCCCAACCCCCGCCAUGA